AGCACAUGAAUAGGAGGGAGGGAGACGAGAGAGAAUGAGAGAGAAGGGAGCACAACGCAAACGGACUGCUCUGCUUUUGUCUCUGAAGGAAAAAUCCUCCUGUUAACUCUGAGAAACACAACGGACACUGAGAACGCUGAGAACUUCAACAAAAACAGAAGAGGAGGACCAGAGGAAAAGAGGGGGGAAGAAUUUGGGCUGAACUUCCUCAAAGUGCCUUGGAACUGUUGGGAUGCGGUGGUGGUUGGUGGUCGCCAUUCUGUUCCUGCUGGUGGUUCUGAUGGUCCAAGACAUCCAGGCCAGAAACAGAACACGGAACCAGGACAAAGCGACCCGUAGAAGGAAGAGGAACCGGGUCAGUCAAGGUCGUGACCGAGCCAAAGGGUGGCACCGCAGACCCCCAAGGACCAGACUGGGUUCUGGUUCCAGUGGCCCAGUGGACCCUACAGAGCACCAUGGAAACACAUUAUACCUGGAGUACAAGAACCUGCCAGAACCACAGUCCAACUACACCAUCAUCACAGGUGAACACAGUCAGUGUGUGUUCCAGGGUGGGAUGGUGUCGGACCAGGACGUCUGGUCUCCAAAGCCCUGUGUUACCUGUCUGUGCUCUGAAGGACAGGUGCUCUGUCAACACAUCACCUGUCCCAUAAUGCACUGCUCCUUUCCCAUCAGCACUGGGGAAUGCUGCCCCAUCUGCACGGAUCCAGACCCUGACCUCAGCCUUGACCUUUCUGGUGACUCUCCAGUUCCCAAUGACCCCAGUGACCCUGUGACCCUGCUGACCCAGGAGGAGAUCCAAAGCAUCCUGUGGAGAGAAGAGGAGGAACACCAUGAAGAGGAGGAGCGCCUGAGGAAGAAGGAUGAGGCGAGGAGGAAGAGGAGGAGGCAGCGGAAGGACCAGGAGGAGAGGCAGAGGAAGAUAGUGGAGAAGAGGAGGCGGGAAGAAAAGGAGGCACUGAGGCUGCAAGAGGAGAAAGAGGAGGAGUGGAGAAGGCAGAUGGAGGCGGAGGUCAGGAAGAAGAAAAAGGAGGAGACAGAGAGGAGGCAGAAGGAAGAGAGAAGGAGGCAGGAGGAGAGGCUAAUGGAGGAAGAGGAGGAGGUGGAGUGGCUCAGAGGAGAUGUGUUUCAGAUGAAAGAACCAGAGAAACCAGAGGAACUGGAGCUCCUGGCUGCUCCCAUCCCAACACCUCCAACUGCCAUAGAGAAUGUGGAGGUGGUGGAGAAUGGGGUGGAGGUGGAAGCACUGCUGCCACCAGGCUGUGACAUAUCAGACAUCUCCAUCACAUGUGAAAAUGCAAAACUCAGCCACUUCCCUCCUCUGUCAAUCCCUGAACUCAAGUCUCUGAGUUUGGAGGGCAACAACAUCAGCAUCAUCCCAUCUGAAGCUUUUAAUGGUAUCCCAAACCUGGAGUGGAUCAACCUGAAGAAAAACCAGCUGACCUCUGCAGGCAUCGACACUCAGGCCUUUAAAGGUCUGAAGAUGCUGAGGCGUCUUUACCUGGAUGGGAACCUUCUGGAGGUUGUACCCCCCCACCUCCCCCCAACCCUGCAGGAGCUCAAGAUUAAUGAGAACAGGCUGAGAGGCGUUGACAAGGACUGUUUCCAAGAUCUGAGCAGUCUGGUAAUUCUGGAGUUAGAGGGAAACCUUUUGAGUGAAGGGAAUGUUGCACCUGAAGCCUUCAAUCCACUUGUCCAGCUCUCCUACCUCAGACUAGGAAGAAACUACUUCCGCACCAUCCCACAAGGUUUACCCAGUUCACUACUGGAACUGUACCUGGAGAGCAACUUGAUUGAGGAAAUUUCAGAGACAGUUUUCAACCAGACCAACAAUCUCAAUGUGGUUUCACUGAGACACAACAGACUGGAUGAGACCAGGAUCGCCACCAUGGCCUGGAUCAACCAGAGGAGUCUUGAGUCCAUUGACCUGUCUCAUAAUGAGCUGUACCUGGUCCCCUCGUACCUGCCCAGAUCCCUUGUCCACCUGGUGCUGGUGGGAAACAACAUUGAGAGGAUACCAGGAUAUGUGUUCGCCCACAUGGAGCCGGGGUUAGAAUACCUUUACCUGUCCUACAACAAACUGGAUGGAGAAGGAAUUGAACCCGAGUCCUUCUUUGGCUCAUAUCACUCCAUGGUAGAGUUGUGUUUGGAUCACAAUCAGCUUAUCGCUGUUCCAUCUGGAAUCAAUGAGAUGACCAACCUACACUUCCUCCGACUCAACAACAACAUGAUCAGGAGUAUCCCCGAUGAAGGGAUCUGCGACCCCUCCCUCAGCGGAGACUCCACCCUGGUGGCUCUAAGGCUGGACUACAACUACAUCAACCCUCAGAAGGUUCCACCAACAGCCUUCUCCUGUAUACACUCAUCUUCCAGCAUCAUCCUAAAACCACAGAAAACCUAAAGGACUGCAUCACUCACAUGGGCUGAAAACAUUUCCCUGUCAAUUUCUUCUUUUUGUGAUUCAGGAAAGAAAAUAAUAAAAACUACACAGAAAAGGGCAGUUUGUCUAAGAGUCAACGGUCAGAAAUUUGGCAGAAUGUACUGACCUGUCAUAUCCAUGACUGAAAACCUUAAAAACUAUAGAAAAGGAUUUAUUAGAUUGUUUUAAGUUCAGAUACCUUCUGCACAACCUACUAUUCGUACCUUGGACAAAGAUAUAAAAUAAAAAAAAAUAAAAACCUUCUGACUAAAGU